CCCACUGCACUUUAGUCGCCAGACAUUUAUCGAAACGUGCACAUCACCAGCGGUCGCACACUCAAAUAACACAUAUAUAUAUUGCUAAAUAUCCAAUAUAUCCUUCGAAAAAAAUAUAAUAAAUAACUCGCGAGUGCAAAUCAUUAAGAUAUUACCUAGCUUUCUUUAUUUUUCCAGUGUGAAAAGUAAAGCAAUUGCAUCCAUCCAACAGAGAGAUUACCCUUUCGCAAACAAACAAACAAACAGAAAUGGCCGCCUACGCUGCUUUCAAACACGUUGAGCUUUACAAUGUUGGCAAGGCCAAGAAGAGGGUGCUCAGGGCUCCGGGCGGCGGAUCGAGCGACAUCUUUGGAUCGGAGAUGCCGCAGACCCCCAGGAACGUGAAGAAUCGCAUGGCGUCCAACAUAUUUGCUGCCGAGAAAGAUGGUGGAGUGAAAAACAACGUACGACAAGGAGCUCACAGAUUCUAUUUCAUUGGUGAUGCACCACGUCGCGGCCAGAAAACCGUGGACUCGCACUCUCGGCUGUUUGGGGAACCCUCCCGCCCGAUCACGCCCGGCAAAAACCAUAUGAAGAGCAGCAUUCCCUUUGGCGGACAAAACUCAGAGGCAGCUGCCGCUCAGAAGCUCCUGACCACCAAUGGCCACUACAAUGGCAAGAGCGGAUCGGUGUCCUCGGCCUCGUCUUCGGUUUCGUCCUCGACUGAGAAUCUCAAGAUGAACAGUGGCUCAAGAUCAGAGGGCAACCCCGUCACAGGUGAGGGCUACAAGGCAGGAGGCAACGAUUACCACCAGCGCCAGGAGUCGUCCAAUGGUGGCACUCCGGUGAUCAAUAAGAACCGUAUCCCUCCAGGCGGCUUCUCGUCGGGGCUCUGGUAAUAAAAACAGGAAUUGCUCAGAUCCCAGCACAAGCAAUGAGGGAGGGGGCCGUUGGCGGGACGAGACACCAUAAGAAAAAACAAACAAAACAAGCAAAAAAAAAUCAUACUACCCAUAUAAUAUUACGCAUAACCCUACCCGUAUCCAAGAAUCAAACAGCUCUGAAACUGAAUUGGCAGAUCGAAAGGAUAUGGCCAACGAAUAUUUAAGCGAGAGAAUAAAAAUUGCUCAACGAUCUAAAGAUGCCGGAAACAAUUAUCGCUGCUGUACACCAAGACGAAAAUUAAUCAACCACAUUUAGGUGGCGGCGCAGUAUACCUAUCACUACCAACUACCAACUACCAACCACCAUACCAACACCACCACCACAACCCCAUUGCAAAACUGUAAUUUAAAUUCCUUAGUUCGUGUAAUUCCAUGAAAUCGGGUGUAGCCUGUAACCCCAACCAAAAUACGCCCACGUUAAGACAUCUGAUCACCGCCCUGCGGCACCUGCUUAUAAACCUACAUCAAACCCGGUAUGUGCGUACGUGUGAGCGGGAAGCAAGGAUGCGAGCAAAGGCGGCCGGAUGGGGAUCUUCAAAUCACACUUUCGAUUUUAUUCUAGUUGCAUACUACACGCCACAUCUAUAUUUAUAUUUAUACCAACCGCAUCCACACGAACACUCACUUACACAUACAAAUUAAACAUUGUAUUACAUUACAUUAAAUAUGUAAUUUAAACGGUACGAUUGCACGUACUAAUGUGCACGUACUAAUUAAGUGUAAAAAUACAAAAUUCAAGCGCGAAUAUUUGUUCAAUAAAAACCUUUCGUACAUAA